CCAAACUUGAGUCUCACUAAGCUCACCCAUAACCAUAUAACAUUGAUUAUCGGGAAAGGGAACAUAGUGAGUUUCACUGAAACGGUUAGCACAGUAAGGAAUCGUCGAGACUUGAGAGUCCACAGAGUUGCAGAGCUAAGAGGAGAAAUGGAGAAAAUACAGCACAAUCAGAUUUCCGUCAAUGGAAUCAAUAUGCACGUAGCCGAGAUAGGUCAAGGUCCGGCUAUCCUAUUCCUCCACGGCUUCCCGGAGCUCUGGUAUACGUGGCGCCACCAGAUGCUCGCCCUCUCCGCCAAGGGCUUCCGCGCCAUCGCCCCCGACCUACGCGGCUACGGAGACACUGACGCGCCGCCAUCUCCUUCCAGCUACACCGCCCUCCACAUCGUCGGCGAUCUCGUCGCCCUCCUCGACUCGCUCGGCCUCGACAAGGUCUUCCUCGUCGGCCAUGACUGGGGUGCCGUCAUGGCGUGGAACUUCUGCUUGCUCCGUCCCGAUAGAAUUAAGGCACUUGUCAAUUUCAGCGUUGCUUUCAAUCCGAGGAACCCUAAGCGGCAGCCGAUCGAAUCUAUGCGCGCUCUCUUUGGUGAGGAUUACUAUAUCUGCAGGUUUCAGGAACCUGGGGAAGCAGAAGCAGAAUUUGCUCGCGCCGGGACUAGCAGAAUCAUUAAGAAAUUUCUAACCAUUCGGAAUCCUGGUCUGCUUCGAGUGCCUAAAGGUGUUGGGUUUGGAGGCUCAGCUGAUAAACCCAUAAACUUGCCUCCGUGGUUUUCACAAGAAGAUGUGGACUAUUAUGUGAGCAAGUUCGACCGGAGUGGUUUCACUGGUGGACUGAACUACUACAGAGCUUUAGAUUUGAAUUGGGAGCUGAUGGCACCAUGGACAGGUGCUCAGAUCAAGGUUCCAGUUAAGUUCGUAGUUGGAGAUCUUGACGUGACCUAUAACACCCCUGGCGUGAAGGAUUAUAUACACAAUGGUGGGUUCCAUAGGGAUGUUCCAUUUCUGCAGGAAGUGGUUAUACUGGAAGGGGUGGCUCAUUUUUGCAACGAGGAGAAACCAGAAGAUGUAAGUGCACACAUACAUGAUUUCAUUCAGAAGUUCCUCUAAACUGCUUGGGACGGACACGGUAACAAUCUUUCUUCUUUCCUUUUUUUUGAAUAAAGAUCACUACACACGAUCUCGUUUUUUAGUACUAUUAACUCUAUUACGGAGUACAAUGUAACGAUAAUACAUGUUCCAAUCCCUAGAAAAAUAUAGUUUUCAUCUUUGGUACGAGGGAUAUAUAGGACCCUCAUUUGGUAUGUUAUUGUAUUUUUCUCUAUGAAAAUGUAGUCCUAGAAAAGGUUUUACAAUAUUUCUCGUGUAUGGCGGCAUAUAUUGUGCAUAAAUGACUCCAUUUCUAUUUUCGGAUGAUUUAAAUUGAAGUUAACACUUCUACUUUUCUGUUAAGAAAUGAACAUGUCAGUC